ACCAUUAUUUUUCUACGGCUGAACUUGGUAAAAUGAAUGAACAAAGACUAAAAGUGUAGGCCUAGACUGGUUAUGGGUACCAGGAUAUUUUAAACAUCUCACAAAUUUAACUCACACAUUAACUCAAAGACCCUGAAUCAUAAACACUAGUCUGUCUAGGAUCCGUCUCACUUCCGAUCAGAGAGCUAAACGUUUGGGAAAUCACUCUUCUUUCAAAGAACCUAAUGCAAUGCAGAGGGGAGGAGUUUGGAUUUGGAGGCUGUUGCUGAGACAAGCCACGUUUUCAAGCAACCCAGAUCCCGCGUUUGUGUGUGUGAGAGAGUGUGAAGAAGAGAUAGCACACCUACACCUGGAUUAUCACUCACGGAACAAACUAGCAACAUUUCUGGACAGACACACAGCAUACUCUUGCAGAAGUCGUAGAGGAACAUUUUUAUGUUUUGUUUUUGGAUUUUUGUUUUGUUGUUGUUUUUUUACCUCAGGCUAAGUCAAACACUUAAGAACAUAUCUGCAUCUUGAGACAAGUAAGGUUAAUUCAGUGAAAGCAUAUCAUGGGUUGGCCACUUCAGGUUUUAUAAUCUUCAAUCCAAUUCGGACCAAACGUUAAAAGACGCACCGUGGCCCUGUGGGGACCCUGACGACGUUCCUUGAGAGAAGCUGAAGAUUGACUGGCCAUGUCUUUCUGGGUGAUCUUACCCAUCAGUUUACCUGUCUUCACCAUCACAGGAAUUUGGGUGGUAUACGCCAUGGCUCUGUACAACCAGCAUGUCUGUCCAGUAAGCAACUGGUAUUAUAACCAGUCCUGUGAGCAGCCCCUGCACUUACAGACUGAUCCAGUACUCUGCUGUACGCUGGAUAAUGUACCACUCAUCAGUAAGUGUGGAGCUCUUCCACCUGAGAGCUGUUUGUUCAGUCUGAUCUGCAGCACUGGCUCCUUCAUGGUGAUGCUGAUAAGUCUGCUGCGGUACGCCCAUGUGAUCGACAAGCACCAGAACUGCAUACUCAACACAGCCGGUCUCUCCACUGGCUGGAUGUGUGCCACAGGCCUCAUCAUGGUGGGCCACUUCCAGGUGGACUAUGCUAAAAUCCUGCACUAUGUGGGUGCAGGUGUGGCGUUCCCCACCAGCAUGCUGUUUGUGGGAGUCCAGACGGCACUGACCUACCGGCUGGCCAAGGCCCAGGCAGACUAUCACAUCGCCCACAUGAGACUCACUCUAGCACUGCUGGCCUUCGUCUCUCUAGUGCUCAGUGGUGUAUUCUUUGUCCAGGAGAGCUACGUGCUCCAGCACGCUUCCGCCAUCUUUGAGUGGAUCUUCGCCAUCAUCAUCAUGAUCUUCUACGGCUCCUUCGCCUUCGAGUUUGACAGCGUGUCUAGCGACACCAUCAUGGUUCUGGUGCAGGGUGGUUCUAGCAGAGGAGAUUCUAGCCUGUCGGUGAUAGAGAACAAAGCAUCCAUGAUGAAUGGAGGAUCUAUGCACCUUCAACUGUCUCCUGAGGGCGUCGCCAUGCUGUAGAACACCCAACCAUUGUGAGGUCACAAGGGCCUUGACCAGUCACAUGACAGCAAAGAAAGAAGGAUAGAAGAAUAAGAGCCAAUCAAGUGGUAACUGACAUUCAGGUUGUCCAGAGAUUGUCUGACCCAUCAGGGCGAUAUAGGGAGAUAUUGGUGAUAACGUUCCUGGACGCCAUGGCUUUUCCGCUGGACACAUGGUCAAGACAUAUUUCUUUCUUAGGAGUUGUCUCUUGCAUGCCAGACAAAGGCUCACCCACAAGGGCAUUGGACCCACAGCACAGUAUGUGAGAUGCCGUACUGUUGCAUUUUGUUCUCCCCAGUAAAGUCUCCAUAGGAGUGCUGAGCUAAUAACCUCAGUGGAACAGA